CACCGGCACCGCACAAGUCUCAUCGCCCUACGUACUAGGUAGUACUACCAUCGCGGUACCAUCGCAAAAACAAGAGCAAAACGACGACAACUGUCCUACGCCUCCUAAAAUUAGCCAAAGUCCGGGAUCCGGGGGCCGUACCGAAGGACGACCACGGGGGCCUUAUAAAUAGGCUUCCUUGCAGAUGGUCUGGACACAGUCAACCGAGUCCUGCUCAGUCCGCAAGUACAGCCAUGAAUUCCGUACCCGCAAUCUCAGUCCUCUUCGCAGUCUUGGCCGUGGCCAAUGCAGGCGUAGUAGUAGCUCCUUCAUCCUCCAAAAUCAUUCAAGGACCUAGCACAAGGACCACUGUCGUCGGGCCUGAUGGAAGCUCCAUCUCCUCCGUUUCUCCAGGAGGCUCAAUCAUCAAGGAAGAAACACCCGGAAUCAUCGCUGAAACUGCACCAGCUGUAGCGGCCGCUCCUUUAGCUUACUCGGCACCACUUGCUUACUCAGCUCCUAUUUCUUACGCUGCACCUAUCGCUUAUGCUGCUGCCCACGGUGCUCAUGUGGUGACAUCUUAUUCUGCACCUUUCGGUUACCAUGCACCUUUGGCUUACUCUGCUGGACCGUUGGCGUACUCUGCUGGUGUAGUAGCUGAGAAGCAGCUGGAUACUGUCGUGUCUGGACCAUCUGGUACGAUCUCUACAAGCAAGACUGUCCAUACUCCCGCAUACGUAGCUGCUGCUCCCCAGUACUACCGUGCCGCCUAUUACGUUUAAGUGAAUGGAAUGAUUCGAUAAUUUAUUUCUGUUAGUUUGUAAGGUUAAAAAAGGAAAAUUACAAUAAAAGAAUCAGAACAUA